GGGAUAAACUGCACAGGAAGAACUCUGAAGUUAGGAUCUGACUGUUCCCAAGAUGCUGGACUGGAGAUCAUCAAGUGCACAUUUCAUCCUCGCUGUGAUUCUGAUACUAUGGAGCUCAGGAAAAGUUCUCUCGGCAGAUGUAGCAACAGAGGGCUUUGAUGCUGAAGCCCCAGGGGUGCAGUCACCCCCCACCAUCAGGGAAGAGAAAUCUGCCACAGACUUGGCAGCAAAACUCUUGCUUCUGGAUGAACUGACAUCCCUGGAGAAUGAUGUGUUUGAGACCAAGAAGAAGAGGAGCUUCUCUGGCUUCGGGUCCCCCCUGGACAGACUCUCAGCUGGCUCUGUGGAGCACAAAGGGAAGCAGAAGAAAGUAGUAGAUCAUCCAAGAAAGCGAUUUGGUAUCCCCAUGGACCGGAUUGGAAGGAACCGGCUCUCAAAUUCCAGAGGCUAAUUUACUCCAACUAUGUGACUUCCUUGGGUGAAAUGUCACCGAAAUGCGGAACAUACUUCUGGGAAGUUCCUCAAUACUCCUUAAUGACUAAACGUACGGUACUCACCUUCUGCAUAAUCCUUCCAAGGCCUGAAGUUCAGCUCAUCAUAUCACAGUGUUGUUAUGGUUUCAAGCAAACUGUGCAUAUCAUUUCAAUGUGUGUAUUUUUAACAGUGUUUUCAAUGAUUCAGAAAUGAUUACUGGCCCACAACACCUUACUUUAAAGAUUAAUAGCUGAAACUCUCAAUGCAGUGAAAUGCCUCCCACAUGAAUUUUCCAUUAAUGUUUUUAAAGUUGAAAAAUAAUAACAAAAGACAAAUUUGCUCUGGAGGAUUAGGUACAAUAAGCUUGUUCAUUACCAGGGAAAGAGGCGAGGUGAAGGUGUAUGUUUUCUCCUGAGUACUCUUACCUCUAUUUCCCUCUGACUAUAAGCCUGUAAUGGUUAUAAACUAUGGUAUCUUCUAACUUUCAAGUUUUGUCAAAUUUAAGUAACAAAAAAACAGCUCCAAGUAAACUUUAAAGUCCCCACUGAGCUUAGAACUGAAGAUGUGAAGGGUAUAACUCAUGUGUUAAGUUUCAGUAUACUCUAUCCCCUAACCUUUCUUUAAAUUUUAAUGACUAGCUAGUAAAGAGCAAUAGCAGUCUAUUCUGAAGGUAAGAACUAUACAGAAAUGAGACAUGCAAUUAGAAGGGAGUGAAAGCAUCCCAAGGUAGCAAGCAUACUACGAGCAGACUAGAGCUGGUGAUGCACACAUCAUUUUCCACAUGAUGUUUUAUGGCACAGUACAAGUGAUCUCUCUGAAGUUACUAACUCAUCUAAGAAAAGCUAAGUCUACUUCAUAUAUUCUGCCUAUGAAGAGUAUACUGUAAUUGGAAAUGAUUUUUCAAUGAGUCACUAGUUUUAACUAACCUUUGUAUCAAAGACUAAGGCUUGGUAUUUUAGAAAGCUCAGUUCUAAGCAAUAAUGAUGGUACUGCUAUAGUUCAGGCAAAUAAGCUCCUAGUGCAUUGGAUACACUUGCACAAUACAAAAAUAAGUCUACAGAGCUUAAAUUCAGAAUUAAUUAUUUAGCAAAACUGUAAACAGAAUCUCAAAAAUACUUUACUAAGUUCUAUUAAUCAGUAUUAAACACAGCAUAUAAGAGAAGGUCAAAAGUCUGGGCUAGUAGGGGGAAAUUUUUAGCAUGAGGUUAGGAGAUUUCUUUGUAUUACAAGAGGAGGAUAGAAAUGGGUAGUUAUGGUCAUAUUAGCUAAAAAUUAAAUAAUGUAUUUAUAUGAACCAAGAAUAAAAUAAAUUAAAAGAAUUAUCAUGGUGACAAGAAAAUAUUAGAAAUUAUUUGAACUAAAUAACUAAUCCUUAUAAAGGCUAAUUUUAUACAGUUAUCCAAUACACUUUCUCCAAACCCAGUUAUAAAAGAUCUAAAGUAGUCAAAGAAAUGAACAUGUUCAAUAGAGUUUUCAUACUUCUUAGUUAUUCUAUAAAUGUCUCAAGUUACUGAAAAUCUUCAAAGUUAAGCGGUAAUGUUUCUUUUAAUUGUAGUGGAAUCUAUCUCAAAGAGAAAAUAAUUUUGAGAAUGCUAACUGAUAAUGUUCUUCCUAGGCUUGUUUUAGAAAGUAAGAGUUGUCACAUGGGUAGUAUUCUAUAAGACUUGUAGCUUGAAAAAAUUACUCAGCAUAGCUAAUUCUCUCUCUUUCUGAUUUUUCAGAAGUGGUAUUUUUCUCCCAAGUGAGUAUUUGUAAGCUUCUGAUUCAACUAUGUACCACUUCGUGUUUUGACAAAAGGUGUUAAAAUCUCCUUGAGCCUAAAAAUACUUUUAGCAUUAGAAUUUGAGCUUAACAAGCUGAUUUCGUAAAUUACUCUAGUUAAAAUAAGGCUCUGAGGGUUUGGUAUUUAGCUCCAUGACAGAAUGCCUACCUAGCAUGUAAAAGAAACAACAUUCUAUUUGGUUUGCUCAUUCACACCUGUAAUUCCAGUGCUUGGAAGUAGAAGAAGAAAGCUCAGAAAUUCAUGACGCCCUCAUCUACAUAGUAAGUGCAAGGCCAAGUUCUGCAAUAUGAGAUACUGUCUCCAAAUAAAUAAAUAAAAUAGGGCUGGGGAAAUGAAGUGGUGGCUAAAGUCACAUGUUUGUAAAACUGGCCGGCCUGGGGUUCAGCAUCCAUAUAAAGCCUGAGUCAAAAAGUAGUGAAAUGCUUUUGUAGUUCACUUGCAGUGGCCUACAUAUAUAUGUACAAAUAAAUAAAAACAUCUUAAAGGGAGGGGCUGGAGAGAUGGUUCAAUGUUUAAAGGGGAUUGAUUAUAAAGCCCAAUAGCCCAAGUUUUUUUUUUCCCCAGUACUCACAUAAGGCCCAAGGCACAAACUAGCAUGUGCAUCUGAAGUUCUUUGAGGU